UCUAGACCCAACUGGCAGCAAUUUACUCUGUGAUUCAGAGAUUUUUGGUCUUGUAACAUUUUCAUGUAAAGGUGCAUUAGAAGGCAAGAAGGAAUAGCCAAACGAAUAGCAAGAAGCAAUAGCCAAGGGGUUUUGAUCCUUGUCACCAACUUAACAUGUCUCGGAAAAGCAGUGCCACCCAGGCAGGGCCAGCCAAGGUGGACGUGGGUUCAGAGAUUAUGGUUGUAAGAAGCAACAGAGUUGUGAUGGAUAAUACUAUUGGCCCAGCAGAGAUUGUCAUUUCCAAAGGCAAGAUUGUUGCUGUUCUGCCAAAGAGAAACUGGGCCAGAACCAGUGGAGAGAAGAUACUAGAUGUUGGAGCCCUCAUGGUCAUGCCUGGGAUAAUAGAUCCUCACGUGCAUAUCUGUGAGCCUGGACAUUCAGCUCAGGAGGGAUUUACAUCAGCGACUAAGGCUGCAGCUGCAGGAGGCAUCACCACUAUUGUCAACAUGCCAUUAUAUUCCUGUCCUCCAACAACCAGCUUGUCUGCCCUUGAUGCCAAGCUGCAGUCUGCCAAGGGGCAGUGCCAUGUUGAUGUUGCCUUUUGGGGUGGCAUGAUACCUGGAAAUCAGGCUGAGCUCCUGCCGAUGCUGGAGGCUGGUGUUCCUGGAUUUCAGUGCUUCCUGAUGGCCACUGGUGUGGAGGAUUUUGCCCAUGUAUGUCUGCAGGAUUUACACAUGGCAAUGAAUGAAUUGCAAGACAUAGACUGUGUGCUUCUGUUCCAUGCAGAACAGGAGCCAAGUCCGUCAAUGCCUGUCCUGGAAGACACCACAGAGUACAGCACUUUCUUGGAUUCACACCCUGACAGCAUGGAAGUGGAGGCCACCGUCACCAUUGCUGAGCUUUGCCUCCAGUACAAGAUUCCGUGCCACAUCAUUAAUCUCUCCUCUGCUCAAGCUUUGCCCAUCAUCAAUGAUGCUCGGCGAAAGGGAGCACCGAUCACUGUAGAAACGACCCACCACUACCUCAGCCUGGCAUCUGAAUGCAUUCCUCCAGGAGGCACCUACUACAAAUGCUGCCCUCCUAUCAGGGAGAAAAACAACCAGGAGCAGUUGUGGGCAGCUUUGCAAGCAGGACAGAUAGAUAUGGUUGUCUCAGCCCAUACUCCUUGUUCCCGAGACCUGAAAGAUUUGAACAGUGGAGAUUUCCUCCAGGCUCAGGCAGGGAUUGCUUCACUACAAUUUGGUCUUCCUCUCUUCUGGACCUCUGCCAAAUCUAGAGGGUUCUCCUUCCAUCAUCUAGUGCAACUGAUGUGCAAAAAUCCUGCUAUUCUGAGCAGAUUGGAUGACCGCAAAGGGUCGCUUAGUCCAGGGAUGGAUGCAGACUUGGUGAUCUGGAAUCCAGAAAAGGAGUUUGAGGUGACUAAAGACAUAAUUCAUCAUGAAAAUAAGCUGACCCCAUAUUUGGGUUUCCAGCUUUGCGGCCAGGUCUUUGCAACUGUUGUACGUGGCAGGCUGAUUUAUCUGAAUGGGAAAUUUUCACCCAAGGCACAAGGAGACUUGCUUGUGACUGAGAGAAAGAUGCCCGCAAGAGUCUCUUCACCAUACUACUAAUGGAGGGGAAAGAACACAACAAACCUACUGGCUAAAUCAAAGUGCCAUGAACAAAUCUGGAUAGAAAAAUAAUAUAAACUGGAAGAGUGAUUGGAGAGAAGAGAGAAUGAUGAGUAACACAAAGAAGAAACUCCUUUCACACAGGCCCUAGAAUCAAACUGAGAGCAGUGGCAAAAAUUCCUGAUGUUUCCUCUACAACCAUUGAGCAAACAAAAUGGAGUUAAUAGCUUCUGCUGCUAUGUCAAGGAUAUGUGACAAUGGAACAGAAAUAGACAGAUACUUGCAUUAUCACUGGUCAAAACUUAAUUCCUUCUUGCUUUCCAGAACUGUAAAUGAAGCUAAUAAAGAUCAGGGGGAGAACAGGAAAA